GGAUCAAACCUGAGUUUCCUGCACUGGCGGGUGGAUUCUCUACCACUGAGCCACCAGGGAAACCCCAAAAUGAGGGACUCGAAAUCACUCAUCUUGAAACCCUUCAUUCAGGCACUGGUUCUUUCUGUGGUGCUCACGGAGGCAUUGGUGAUGAUGAGACAAAGCGAAAAGGGACCUAUUUAGUGAAGGAAGACCUCCCUGAAAGCCAUUUAUAGCCAAGAAGGCCCUGCGUCUUCCCAGGUGACCACGCCGGCUUCAGGACAUGCACGGGCACAGCCGAAACGGGCAGGCCCACGUGCCCCGGCGGAAGCGCCGCAACCGCUUUGUCAAGAAGAACGGCCAAUGCAACGUCUACUUCGCCAACCUGAGCAACAAGUCGCAGCGCUACAUGGCGGACAUCUUCACCACCUGCGUGGACACGCGCUGGCGCUACAUGCUCAUGAUCUUCUCUGCGGCCUUUCUUGUCUCCUGGCUCUUUUUCGGCCUCCUCUUCUGGUGCAUCGCCUUCUUCCAUGGUGACCUGGAGGCCGGCCCAGCGGGGGCCGCGGCGGGGGCCCCGGCAGGAGGUGGGGGGGCGGCACCGGUGGCCCCCAAGCCCUGCAUCAUGCACGUGAACGGCUUCCUGGGCGCCUUCCUCUUCUCAGUGGAGACGCAGACGACCAUCGGUUAUGGAUUCCGGUGCGUGACGGAGGAGUGCCCGCUGGCGGUCAUCGCCGUAGUGGUCCAGUCCAUCGUGGGCUGCGUCAUCGACUCCUUCAUGAUUGGCACCAUCAUGGCCAAGAUGGCCCGGCCCAAGAAGCGGGCGCAGACGUUGCUGUUCAGUCACCACGCCGUCAUCUCGGUGCGCGACGGCAAGCUCUGCCUCAUGUGGCGCGUGGGCAACCUACGCAAGAGCCACAUCGUGGAGGCCCACGUGCGGGCCCAGCUCAUCAAGCCCUACAUGACCCAGGAGGGCGAGUACCUGCCGCUGGAUCAGCGGGACCUCAACGUGGGCUACGACAUCGGCCUGGACCGCAUCUUCCUGGUCUCGCCCAUCAUCAUUGUCCACGAGAUCGACGAGGACAGCCCACUCUAUGGCAUGGGCAAGGAGGAGCUGGAGUCGGAGGACUUUGAGAUCGUGGUCAUCCUGGAGGGUAUGGUGGAGGCCACGGCCAUGACCACCCAGGCCCGCAGCUCCUACCUGGCCAGCGAGAUCCUGUGGGGCCACCGCUUCGAGCCCGUGGUCUUCGAGGAGAAGAGCCACUACAAGGUGGACUACUCGCGCUUCCACAAGACCUACGAGGUGGCCGGUACACCCUGCUGCUCUGCCCGGGAGCUGCAGGAGAGCAAGAUCACCGUGCUGCCCGCCCCACCGCCCCCGCCCAGUGCCUUCUGCUACGAGAACGAGCUGGCCCUCAUGAGCCAGGAGGAAGAGGAGAUGGAGGAGGAGGCUGCGGCCGCUGCCGCCGUGGCCGCGGGCCUGGGCCUGGAGGCGGGCUCCAAGGAGGAGGCGGGCAUCAUCCGGAUGCUGGAGUUUGGCAGCCACCUGGAUCUGGAGCGCAUGCAAGCCACCCUCCCGCUGGACAACAUCUCCUACCGCAGGGAGUCUGCCAUCUGACCUCCGAGCCCGCCCUCUCGCUUCCCACAGGAGCCUCGCUGGGGGGUGGGCUGCCAGGACACCCCCUCCACACUCAGGACAGAACUCACCCUGGCUCCGGACCUUCUGGAGGGAUGUGGGGGCUUCAACGACUGGGAGAGCCCUUCCUACUGACUCCAGAACCCAGGCCUGGGACAGGGCCAGGACACCCUUGGUCCGGUCGGCCCGAUUCCCCAGCACCUACCCACUGGCGGGCUCAGGAGCCUCAGACCCCCCCACCCUUUCCCCACCGACCCUUCAAGGACAUUCCCCGUUUGCUCUCAGAACCUUGGGGAAGGUGCCUGGACUGUUGGGGGGGGUGGGCAUCUCGGGGUUCUGGGGUGGGCCGGUGGCUAGUUUGGGAGGGUGGGAGGGGGGUGCGUUUCUUCUGCAUGACUGUGGUCUGUUGCUCAUGACUUUCUUUUGUAAAUAUCUAUAAAUGGAAAGAUGGAGGCACCGAAUCCACCUUCUGCCAUGUGUACCCACAGGACCAGGCGGUGCAGGCCCUCUCCGGGCACCCCGCCCCCUCCCCAUCCAGCCGGCUGGUCCCUCGAGGCCCUUGGAGCCAGCUGUCUUGGCCCUUGGAUAGUGUUGGGUGUGGGUGCAGAAGUGGGGCCCCAAGGAGCAGGAUAAGGGUCGUCCCUCCCUGCGGUCCCUCUGGGCCCGUCGGCCCAGCCCAGAUUGACAAUGGAGAUUGUAACUAUAUAUUUUUAAUAAAGUAUAUGGUCCGUUA